CCCAGCAGUGUCACCUGUCAGUGUCCAUCACUGUCAGUGCUCAUCCAUGCCACCUGCCAGUGCCCAUCAGUGCCACAUCAAUGCCACAUAUCAGUGCCUACCAGUGCACAUCAAUGACACGUAUCAGUGCCCAUCUGAGCUGCCUUUCAGUGUCACCCAUCAGUGCCAGUCAGUGCCACCUAUCAAUGCCAUCUGUGCCGCCUAUCAGUGCCAGUCAGUUCCGCAUAUCAGUGUGCAUCAG